UGAAGAACAAGAAGAGGAAGAAGCUGGACACUGCACUGCAUCGAUGGCCGCGUCGAUAACUUCUCGAUGAUUUGCGAGAUUAUCAGUUGUGAUAAUAAUGUGCUUGAGGUGAAGCAUCACAUGUCGGCGACGAGAGACUGGGGGUUUGGUUGAAAUUGGCGUUGGAAUUCCGGUGAGAUGUGAGAGGGAAGAACGGGGAGAGGAGGGAGGAGAGGGUAGGAGGAAUUGGGGAGCAGCAGCAGAAGGACGGGAGACGGGGAAUUGGGAGUAGUGCGAGAGUGGCUCUUCGGGCUCUCGUGGUGGAAAUAGUGUGGGAUUAUGGCAGGAACGAGUCCCCCUCGGCAUCGGCAUGACGGUUCAUCGCCUCUGCCCCUCGGCAUGGACGCCAGCCCUGCGCCACAACGCUGGAAUGGUACCAAUACGGUUUGGCCUCAUGACCCGCGAACUGGAUGGAGCUACUGUGUGAUGAUUCCAUCAUGGAUUAGUAUACCUCAAGCAAAAACUCCUGAUGGAGCCGCCAUUAACCCUACUGUGUUUUACAGGGUUCAAGUGGGUAUCCAGUCACCGCAAGGUAUCAGUGCUGUUCGAGGGACUCUUCGAAGGUUUAGUGAUUUUUUGAAGCUCUUCGCUGCUCUGAAGCGGAUUUUCCCGAGGAAGAAACUACCAGCUGCCCCACCAAAAAACACAUUGAUGAGAAUCAAUUCAAGUCAAACACUUCUUCAAGAGCGACGCUGGGCUCUUGAGGAAUGGCUUGGAAGGCUUUUGGCAGAUAUUGAUAUAUCUCGAAGUGUUCCUGUCGCUUCAUUUUUGGAGCUUGAAGCAGCUGCAAGAUAUGCCAUGAAUUCCAUUGCCGAACAGCAAGCAAGUGGUCCGAUUACAGUAGGAGUCGGCGAACGACAGUCAAGUGGCCCAGUUGCAGUAGGCUUGGCUACCCAUCCGUCUAGCUCAUCUGUUAUACCAAGUCCGAGAUCAGGCUACUCAUGGACAGGAGGCGGCUCUUCAGUCGCUUCGGGUCCGUUCCCAAAUGGAUUAGACGACGGAAGUGAACCAACAUACGAUACACAGGGGGAAGCUACGCCAAGCAAGACUAGCGAUGGUGACUUGGAAAUAGAAAUGGACGCUCUAGCUCUUGAGGAAGAAAGAGCAAUCAUGGAGGCAGAUGAAGUGACGUUAAGGGCAAGGCCGUUGGAACAGAAGACUGUCUCAUCUGCUCUUUCUAAUGCAGGUGAUCUUGGAAUUACUACUGACCAAGUGGGGCUUUUAGAGGGUGACCUGCAAAGACCUCAUGUAGGUGGCAGAGUCGCAGAGCACGGAACUACAGGUGGAAUGAGUCCAGUAGUAAGUGUGGGACAGUUGCCAUCAGUUGAGUCAAAUUCGUCUUGGCACCGCCGGAAAGGAUCACAUGAGAGCUUUGUCAGUGAAAUUGAUUCUGUCAGAGGAAGUGAGCCAUCUGUAGCUCCUUCUGCGGAUGGGCUAGUGGAAGGCUCUAACUGGGGUAUUGGUGGCAUGGAAGAGGGUCUGUUUGAAACAGAAUCUAUACUGAAAGGAGUUGGUGUAGUGUUACCUUUGGACCAGCGGAGUAGAGUACGAAGGGUUUUGUCGAUGCUUCAGAGAAGGCUGACAGUGGCUAAAUCAGACAUGGAGAAUUUAAUUGCAAGAUUGAAUCAAGAGACAGCAGUAAAGGAGUUUCUUGCAACCAAGGUCAGGGAUUUGGAAGGAGAUCUGGACAACACGAGACGGAAAAGUAGAGAGGUGCUGCAGCAAGCUGUUUCAGUGGAGCGUGAUAGAGUCACCAGUCUACAAUGGGAACUGGAGGAAUGUCGUGCAACACUCAUGAAUCUAGAAGAGUCAUCUCAAUCCGGAAAAGAAGCCAGAGUUUCCCUGGAAGAUAAAUUGAGUCUUGCAGAGAGUGCAAGAGAAACCGCUGAGAAGGAGGUUGCAGAACUUCGUGAGAAAAUGACCCAAUUGCAGAAAGAAAGAGAUUCUAUUGAGGCUCAGUCUCGAUCAGACAAGAAGGUUUUAGUUAAAGAAAUCAAGUCACUUCGAAGUGCCCAGCCCGAGCUGAAAAAGGAGGCGGAGUUGGCUCAGCAAGCAAAAUUAGAACUCGAGAAAGUCUUGGAUGAUGAGAAGAGAAAGCAAGAAAGAGUGAAGAAAUCUAGAGCCAAAUUUUUGCAUGAAGUGGCAACAUUGCGGCAAAGGUUACAGGAAUGUACUGUGGACUACCUUGCCCGAGAAGAGGAGAAGUCAGGAAACAAGAAUGCUUCUGCAGUAACAGAUGCUUUGGAUCUUCUUUCUACUUCAGACAGUCGUAUCGGGCUGCUUCUUGCAGAGGCUCAGUUACUUUCUCGAGAAGAAAUCGAUGAAACUGCGUCCGACUCAAAUCCUCGGACAAAUGGGGUCUCGCAUAGCAAUGGAGAUGGACAAGGUGGUCCAGACCUAAAGUUAAAGGAGCAGGCAGACAUCUUGGAGAGUGAUUCUGGAUUGAAGCGAAUUCUUACGGAUUUACUCAUUGACAACGCACAGCUUCGGAAAGCUAUGAAUCAUUCCUUAACCCAGAGUGCCCUGACCACUCACCGGGGGGAGAAAGAGCAAGUCGACGUAUUCGCUUUUCGAAAGGGUGUCUUGUCUAAGUUUUUAGGUGCACAGUAGUUUGCGUGAGAGGGUUUAGAGGCUGACUAGUAUUUAAUGCCCUCAAUACCAGUCGAAUGUGUUGAUGUGCAAAUAAUUCCGAAGGUUGUGCAGGUAACGUAACGUAGUCUAGAUACCUGAAUAGAAAUGAGCCCAAAUUCUUUUUACCUCUUCUUCAGAGAGUGCAGGUAAGGCCGUGUAUACAAUAACAGGCAGCAUAAUUCCUACUGUCACCUUACCCAGGUUAGAUCUCGUUUUCUAUCCUGCUGCCUUAUCUGCACACAUGUCUUCAAUUUCCAGACGAAUUGUGCAGAUUGUAGUCUCAUCGUGGAACUGUGGAUAAGGUCGUCAGUGUGUGUAAUGAUAACUAUUUUGACGUCACACUUAUGUGUAUCAAAAUUAUAUAACUAACAAUAGAACUAUAGCGCUUAUUGCACUAGAGGUUGAACUGGAUGGGCAGGUCGAGGUUUAAAUCGUCCGCCUAAGGACGUCUGCUGUCCUCUUAAGACAGCCGCAAGGCUUCAUAUUGUAGACCCUAGAAUGUUGCAGUCUGGAGGCUGUUUCGAGGAGAUGGUGAUGUCUUUCGUCCGAAAGAAAUCCGUUUUUUCAGAUUUCUAAGCAUAUCGCCACUACUGUAUGAUUUAUUGUUCUUUGUCUUAUAGCUCAGUGAAGUAACCAUUUUUUAAGACAGCUGUGUUUGUACCUCCACAACGCUCUGGCAUCUUUUUGAAGAUGGGCACAGUCUGCUCACAUGGACGAAUUUGUGUAUACGUUAAAUCAACCAAGAGUGGCUCCAUGUGUGGCAAGGUCCACCGUC